AUUACAUGAGUAUGAUCUUAAAUAAAAUACUUAAAUUAGGGUCUUCAGUAUUAGAAUCACGAAUUGUAUUUGCCCACACAAAAACAUGUCCGGCAAGUAAGAAACCUGUAUGUCCCCCCGCGGCUGUAUCUCAACAGGGGGACGUGACGGGGUUGACCGGCAGUACGGGAUUAAAACGAGGGGAGCCUGGAAAAGUCCGCAUGGGUAUGUUUCCAGAAGAAUGGUUUACAUUUUUCCACAGUAAAACAGGGGUAUCUGGGCCAUACGUAUUCGGUAUUCUUGUAACAAAUUAUUUAGUAAGUAAAGAAAUUUUUAUAAUGGAGCAUGAAUAUUAUGCUGGGCUUUCCAUAUUCGUAAUGGUAGUAGGAGGUGUGAAGUUAUUGGGCCGCAAUCUUGCCAAUUAUCUUGACUCUCAAAUAGAAGCAGUGGAGAAAGAGCUCGACCAGGGCCUAAAAAAUCAGAUGAACAUGUUCGAAACAGUUAUAAAGGAUUCAAAAGAUAUGCAAAUGCGCGCUGUUGGGCAAAAAAUGUUAUUGGAUGCUAAAAAAGAAAAUGUUGCUAUGCAGCUUGAAGCAGCGUAUCGCGAGCGGUUAAGGAUAGUAUUCACUGCAGUUAAAGGACGGAUGGAUUAUCAUGUAAAGCGUACCAGAGUUGAGAAUAGAAUCCAUCAAAAGUGGAUGAUAGAUUGGAUUUUAAACAAUGUCAGAAAGUCUAUUACACCAGAUUUUGAGAAGCAAGCCCUAAAUAGAGCUAUUGAAGACAUAGCGGCCAUGGCUGGUAAAGCAUAAAUGCUGUUUCUGUGUACUUAGAUUCUAUCGGAAAGAAAA